CCAACACUUGUUGCUUUCUCCAUUUCACCUACCAACAUUUCACUAAACCAUAUUAGCAGUCCAAAAAUAUGAAAAACCGAAAACUUCGCUGCAUCGUGCCCAAUUGCUAUAAUAGUGGUCAACAGGAUAGUAGCUCCAUGUACAAGUUCCCUAUAAAUCCGGUUGUCCGACAGAAGUGGAUGGACAAUAUUGCGGACAUAAAAGAUAUUAACUUGUUCAAUAGUCGGGUGUGUAGGCGGCACUUUGAGACACAAUGUUUUGGCAAGACCAAAGUGUUUUCCUGGGCAGUUCCCACGCUCUUCUUGAAUACUAAAGAGGUAGUGCACCAGGUCAGUAAGCCAAGCAGGAACACCUUCGUCCGCAGGUGCAGCGUCAGGAACUGCUCUUCGCGAUCUCCUCUAGAACGACUGCACUUCUUUCCCUCGAAUCCCGAAAUGCGCAAGGAAUGGAUGGAAAUAUGUCGGCUUACGUUGGACAACAAGUGGCUGUUCAUUUGCGGCAGACACUUUCGCCAGACUUAUCUGCCAAACAACAAGGGAAACCUUAGAAAAGACGCCAUUCCAGAGUUCCACUUAGGAACGGAGGAGGAGGAUCCCCUCGGAAAGACCGUCAAAAGUAUGAAAUCAUGUGCUAAUAGAAGUAAUAUCAGUUUUAAAAGCGAGGAUUCUGGCAUCGACGAGGAAAGCUUCAAGGAGAGUAAGCCUCAUAAUCCAUGCGCCAAUUGCCUUGAUCUUCAACAGCAAUUGGCAGCUGCUCAUUUUCGCAUUCAGCAGCUGGAGGAAAAAAGGCGAGAGGAGACAACAGACAGUGAUGAAGAAGAGGAGGAGGAGGAGCACAUAUUCAUGCUAAUGAAGUAGACUACUAUCUGCAUUCCUUAAAGUA